CCUUCUCCGGUGCCAUGUACAGAAAUUUAAUUAAACAACAUCGACAAUAAUUCGAUGUUGACGGCCAAAAAAAUCUUAAUCAACUUUGAAACGAGGAAUUUGAACGCUCUAGAGUUGAUUUGAUCGGCGGACACCAUGUCCAAGCCGACGGGGACCGUGCCAAAGGCGAAAAAGCGACCGAAUCCCUCGGCGCAGAACAACGACGAGCAGCAACAAAUUCUGUGGCCCCCUGUGAACAACUUGCAGGCGACCGACUGGCACCCGGCAAGACAGACAAACAGCGCAAGGGACCUGCCCUCCUCGUCAGACUUUGCCGAACAAUUUGCUGCUGCAUUCAUGGCUGCUGAGGGAGGUAGCGGUCCAAGAUCUAGACAGAGCACGCCAAUGAUGCCUGGCGUGCUCGGGGCCCAGCAACAUGCUCGUGCGAGGGAUCAGUUGUCACCGCCUGAUCUAGAGGUUGAUACUAGAAUAAUGAACGGAGUCGACCAUCAUCAGAGAUUAGAGAGUGGUGCCAAUGCCCUGCUUGAUGCCACAAAGAACAAUUUUUCUAGGAUUCCUGACAGAAACCAAGUCUUGAGCCGCCUGAACCAAAUUCGAGAUUAUGUGAAGCAAACUUCAGCACUGAUGGACUCUUUGAACGGUUCCACAGAUUUGCAGAAACAUCUGGCUCAGGCUGUCAAACUCAGUCGAAUGCAAUCAGAGUUGCAAGAUAGCGAGAGGAAACUUGUUCAGAUGCUAGACGUUUUUCCGUCAAACGAUGAGGGCCUAACAAACGGCAAUGCUAUUCCUCAAAGAGUUGCUGGAGGAGCAAUUCCAAAAGUUCGGGACCAAAAUCAAAUGCCAGUCAACCAGCAGCAAGUUAGGAGACGACCUUCUUCGUCAGAAGAGAGAUCUCCUGGUCCGACUGCUGCACAAUAUGCAAAGCAUCAAGAGUUGAAGCUUAAAGUCGAAGAAAGUCAGAAAAAGUUGCAAGCUUUAGUUCAGCAUCAGGCUGCCUUGAUCUCACUCCAAGAGAAAGCUCAACAGCAGCUGCGGAACCCAAAUUCGCAAGAGUUCCUUCAUAGUUGGACCGAUAGGGCCGAUAGCCUGACAGGCCAGUUCCAAGAUUUGUCUACCAAUGAAGUUGUGGGUCUUUUAGGCGAACAGGAUAAAGAGUUAGAUGCCGAGUACAUGGCUAUUCAAGAGCGCCUGCAGGAAAUCCAUGACAGGAAACGGACAGUUGACAGGUUGAACCGAGACAUGCAAGCCAUGCAGCCCACAAAUAGAGAUCGGGAAGAACAAAACUCUAGUAGCUCCGAAGAAGAGGAGGAGAUUACCAAUGGAGAAGCGUCAUUCGUUGAUGUUGAUGCCAAAGUUCAAGAGCUGAACAAUAUGAAAGCCAGACUUGCAAGUCUACAGUCACUCGUGGCAGCUAUCAAUCAAGGAGAAAUGCCAUAUGAAUCCAUCAAAUCGGCUUUGGCCGCUAACGAAGCUUCGCAGAGGCGUGAUCACUCGAGGUCUUCCUCUUCAAAACCUGACAAUAUUUUUAGGGGUUCCGAUACUAUGCCAAAGGCUCUUGAUGACCAAGCCAUGGAAAUUCGCAUGAAAGCUCAGCAACUAGACAAAGCUAAGCAAAAGCUGCAGCAGUUAAAGGAAAUUUUGCACGCAGCCGGGGUUGCCGAAGAUGAUAUGGAUGGACAAGAAUCAGUGAAUAGCUACUCUAGCACUGGAAGGGCUGUUGAACAGCAAAUUCCUAAUCAAGAGCUGGAGCAGCUGAUGAGAAUUUAUCUUCAACAGCCAAAACCCAAAACACCCAGCCCAGUGUUACCUCACAGGAAGAACAAAAACGUAAAGCCAGAUGUAACUAGUACUGUUCAUGCUGAGGGAACUGGUCGAAAUCAGCGAGCCUUCAUGCAAGCGAAACGUCAAGAGUUAGAGGAGAUGAUGCGGAAAGACCAAGGACAAAGUUCCAUCAACCAAGACACUUGCCAUACUUCAGGUUUAGGGCUGAGUGUAUCAGACACUGGUGCGACCUGGGGAGGCAGUAUGAUUUCGGCUGUGCCAUCACAAUCUGAGCAGCAACCAAGCAUUAAUUGUUCGAGUGAGGAACUCGCCUGGGAGACUGACCUUGCUGGUCCACAUGUGGCGCUGUCCACACCUCGACUUCAAAGUCUGGCCCCAAGUGCAUUUCGACAAGUGCAAAAUGCGCAGAAAAGCCCUGCAUCUAACAAACCACCCAUUUGGCCAGAGCCGCCUAUUGAGUCUUCAACUCCAAUUUAUGAUGUUCCUCCACGCUCUGGAAGUAGCGCUGCAACUCCGAGGCCUAUGGGUGAUGAAGCCACUCCGCAUGCCCAGUGGUGGCUUUUGCAGCAACAACUUGAAGCAUCAAACGCAGCGUGCCAGUCCAUGAUGCAGCAGUGGCAGUGGGGCGCCCCGUCUCCUGAAAAUUGGUGGCCGUCCAGCCCUAUAGCUGCCCAGAUGAUGACCACCCUGAGCCAGUGCUGCCAAAUGCUCUGGAUGCAGCAGAGGGAGAUAAUGAAUCUGCACGCCACUAUUCAAAAUAUGCAAGAACGAUUUGCAUGCAGUGAGCAGAACUUCCCAACGCCGUUCAAUAAUUCGAGUGAUGCAAAUGCGGCCGCAACCGUGUCGGGGGCGCACUCCCUUCCAAACCUGUGUGAAGGACCACCUCAGUUCCUGUUGCCUGGAAACACCCACUUUCCUUGGACUGGAAGUCAGCCUCCGAACAAUGUGUCCGCCCUUCCACCUAUGAUUCGUCAUUGCCCACCAGUUACUCUCAACAAUCAAGUUCCUCCAGGCGUCAGAGCCAACAACUACUGGGACAAUUUUCGAAGCUAUUCACGGCAAAACUUGUUGUCCACCAGUACAAAACUGAAUGAUGGUCAACUGCAGCAUCCGAGUCCUCUCACAGACAGAUCCCACAAUUCUUUGAGGAGCAACGAAGAAAGCCAGCCGUCUCCCUCGAGAACUGUUCCUCAACAGUCAAGGAAGCAAAAGCUUAAUUCUGAGCGUCCACCCAUUCCACAGCAUGUUGUUCUAGGACCUACACACAAUCCGGGUCCUAAUUCAAAUGCUGAACAACUUUUCACUGAACUUGCCUCACUGGUGGCCCACAACCAAAGCAGACCUGAAUUCCUUCCGCAACUUUUUCGAGAGCUGAAAGGUUUGAGAUGCACGUCUGACUGUCAGAGGGUUUUGAGUAGCAUUCGAGAGAUUGGAAGAAGGGAGGAACUGAUAAGUUUGGAGGAAGCUAGUGUGAAUGGCAGGGCUGAAACUCCAGAAGGAGCUGCUGCUCUGCCCACAACAAAAUCUCCGCAGCGCCAAGUGAAUGAAAACCAAGUCGACAGUAAAAUCCAGAGCCUGCUGCUCCAGUUGAUGCCGUUUCUCAAGAGCAGACGUGAAGAUUGUUGCACCCCUGCCCUGUUGGAGAUAAUCACACAGAGGACCCUGAGUCACCUGACGAUUGCCCACCAACCUGUACUGAACACAUUUGUCCAAAAUCAACUCAGCGGAAGACUUGUUGAUGCUCUUGCCAAGUUCCAAGGAUGCUGGCUAAGAGAUGUUGGGGAAGAACUUUUGGCCACAGUUGCGGAAGUCUUGCUGAAAGAACUUGCCUUCUUUAAGUUAUUGGAAAAUGUGUCCCAGGCUGAUCAAAACAGCAGCUCCAUGAUUCUCACUAACACACAGACUGACAGCCUGCAGACUAACAACUCGGAUUUACUCUCUCCUGAUGAUCAGUCUAACUUCCAGCUGGAUUCGAGUGACUCUGAGAUGGGCGAAGCUGCUGUGCCUACGGCUCCCCCGCAGCGCAACUGCUGGUUGCCUGCAGCCCUGCGAGAUGCUUCAAAAGCAGUUUUGGAGGCUAGGGCUGAAGCUGCUGAAGUUGAUUUGUGUGAUGCAGACUUGGCCGAGGCUGACCAGAGCCACGACGCAGCCCUGCAGGAGGUAGAGGGCAGGGGCAGUCAAGCGGAGGGUGCGGCCACUCCGGAAAUGGCCAGACAGUUGGACAACUUGGAAGCGAUCACUUUGUCGGCUGAGCAGCAACCUGCCUUGAAUGACGAUGCAUGGCAAGUUGAGCAGGAUAGAGAACUGGAUCAAGUGCCGUCGAGACUCGAGCCUGGGGACGCCACCAUUCCGCCAGGACCACCAUCGGGUCCAUGAUCAAUGUAAUUAAAGUACUUAGCUCUCUAGCUGUCAGUCACAAUUUAAUUGUUGUUACUCCAAAUUAUCUGAAACUUGCUUUAUAGAAAUUUAGAAGGCAGGCCUCGCAGUUAAUUUCAAGGCUGGCAGCUAAGCAUGGGGCAUUUAUGUUUAAUUAUUUGCCAAAGUUCCUUGGAAGUGGGAGCAGAUUUUAGUUGCAAUGAUAUUUACUCCACUCGCGCUAAUUUGGUUACGUGAGAUUUGGAAACUUACUGCAAAUUCUAAAAUGAAUUCUAAAAAUUGCAGAUUAAAAUUUUUAAGCUUAAAAUGUGAGCUGUUUAGUUUGUGCUAAAAGUGUUAGUCAAACCUUCUGCUAGAUGCUUAUUUUACAAAUUCAAUGACAGUUACUCCACUAGUAUUAUAGCAACUCAGAAUUUUAAUUAAUCAAUAAUAAACCGAAAAUAUUUAUCCCAACAAAUAAAUUUUUAUUAUUU